AUGUUUGUCCGCAACACGUUUCUGACCGGUUUUCUGCACAAGCUCGCCAAAGUUGGAAAGCAUUUCAGCACCCAUAUUGGAACAGAUGGAUUCCGGGUGGUACUGAACGCCGAAGUGGGGAUAAGUAACGUGUUGUGCUGCCAUCAAACAACCGUCCUCGGAAUACGCCAACGGGACGAUAUUGUCUGUUAUUUCGGAGACGUAGAUGGAAUGGUACCGCACACUGUCAAAUCCCGACUCAAUUCCAGCAAAAAGACUGGACUCUCCUUGAAGACUUAUCUUGCUAACUUGCCCGUGAACGGGCUCGUGCAAAAGCCGAAUUUUGCAACCAUUGACCAAACACAGACUCUGAAACCCUAG